GAGGUCACAGUACAGUACAGGAUGUUAGCCUCAACGGUGGAUGUGAAAAUGCAGUAGUGACACACAUUUUGGAUAGUAUAAAGUAAUGGGCUGACAUUCACCUGUAUUCAAAAUGGGGAAAGGAAGAAAGUGCAUCCUUUGUGAAAUGAUCUGCAGCUCUAAGCAGGAGAUGGAUGAGCAUAUGAGGAGUAUGCUGCAUCACCGCGAACUGGAGAACCUGAAGGGCCGGGACUGUGGACACGAGUGCAAAGUGUGCCAGGUAACGGUGGCAAGCCUGACCGAAUAUGCCGGCCACAUUUCCAGCCCCUCGCAUAAGCAGAACGUGGAUGCCGCGGAUCAAAAGACUGCUGGGAACGACGAGGACGAGGACUACUUCGACCAGGCACUGGUGGAGUUGAUCGAGAAAAGAAAAGAAUUGAUUCGAAAAGAGGAGGAGGCUGCUGCUGCAAAGCGUGCAAAAGAGGAGGCAGAACAAAGGAAACAGCAGGAGUUUCUGCAGAGGCUGAAAGAAACGAAGGAGCGUUUCCAGAAGGACUGCACCUGGCGACCGCCACCAAGGGGCUUUAGUGGAUCUUAUCGGCAAGGGACUUGGUAUGGGAACAAACUAUCUGGUGGCAGAAAAGGGGAGGCUGUGGCUGAUUCAAGACCUUGGCAGCACAGCAAUCAGGGAAAAAGUGCAACUUGGCAUGCUCAGGAGCCGCCCAACUUCCAGAACUGGGCGUCUGGACAUUGGGCUGGUGGAGGCUUGCGCAGCCAGGAGAAUUGGGGCAACAGGCAGUGGGAUCAGGGCAAUAAAAGAGAUAGACUGCCCUGGUUGAGCAAUGGAGGCAGCAGUUAUGGUGUCUAUGGCCAAAAUAAUUAUCCCCCUAAUCCACAACAGGGCAAGCCUCCUAGCCUCAUGGGGCCUAUUCCUAGGCAUCCACCUCCACCCAGUUUCUUUGCUCGCGCUUUAUACCAGUUUCAUAGUAAAGGCAGUGACCAGGGAGGGCGACAGGGUGACGGACAUCAUAAUGGGGAGCAACUGAAUGCAGACAGUGACCGCAACAGCUCCAAGACCUUUGGCAGUAAUCCAAAGCUAGACAAGGCCUGCCGCUGGUCACCCUAUCCAACCACAAAGCUCUUUGACUCUGUACCACAAAAGGACAUCCACCCCAGCCCCUCAGAGAAGUACCCCAAAGUGCCCACACCUCAGAAACAAGAAAAGUCACCAGACACCAGUAUUAGUAGCAGCAGAAGCAGCAAUGCUCUGAGAGGUGGCCACCAAACCUCCUCACCUGGCCCCUCUAAGCAGAAGACAGAAAAGCCAUCAGAGCACACAGAUAGGAAACUUUCCCUAACUUCUGGUGUGAAAGCUGGAGCUCCGCUCAAGAAGGCCUCCAAUAAAGAGCAUGAACAGCCCAAACCAGCCUCACAACACAGUGCACUCAGUUCUAAGGCUUCACCCAUUGAACCACUGCAAUCAAGACAAGAACAGCAGCUCUCAGAAAUGCUGAAGAAAGCCAAGGAAAAAAUGUUAGGAAAGAGGGACUCCAUGGAUAUCUCCAAUGACAAACGGAUGGAAACAGCUCUUCAUAUUGUGGAGGAACAGCAAAGCAAUCAUCCAGAGGGUCAGCUUGGAAUGAACAAAGAAAACAACUGUAGGCAGAAUGAAGCUAAACCAGCUUCCCCUGACUCAAUGAAGCCAUAUCCUUGUGGAGACAAGAAAGUAAACCUUACAUUGCCACCUCCAGACAGCAGCCAGUUUCUCCAGUCGGUACAAGUCAGCACCUCCACCAUGGAAAGCUCAGAGCCUGCAGCCUCAGGGAAGGAAGAUGAGGAGGAGGACAGGAAGAGAGAGGAGAAGGUGAUGGGAUCAGAGACCCCAGAUGACACCAUGCAGGCUACAGAGUCGGGGCAGGGCUCAGAGAGUGAUACCUCUAGGAGCGGUCAAGCACAAGCUGCCGCAGGAUCAACCACGGCCAGCCUGUCCAAACUUGGCCUUCCUCCUGUCUUGAAGCGUGACCUGACCAAACACAUAAGCUCUAAGAGCAAAACAGUCAGCCACGAGCCCAACCUGAACAGUGCCAGGCGGGUCCGCAAUGUAAGCGAGUCACGGAAAGGGGAGACAGAGAAGGAGUCGGGACUUAAACCGACUGUACGGCAGCUCAUCAGCUCCUCAGGGUCCCGGCGCAAUGUGAACUGGGAACAGGUGUACCAGGAGGUCAGAAAGAAGCAAGAGCAAGGAAAAGGCAUGCCAAGGUUUGGGAUAGAGAUGGUGUCGUAUGACCAGGAGGAACAGAGCCAGGAGGAGGACAACAUCCGCCUGUUAGAGGGUUUCCAGUGGGAGAUGCUGAUGGACCUCCCCGCCUCAGCUGCCCCUCGCAAACGCUGCUUAUCAGAGAGUAGCCUUGCUCCUGACUGCUCCGGGUCCAGUCACUCCCUGUUCCCCCCUCAGAUCUCCAUGGAGACACUGCACAGCCCAAAACCCAUAUCUGCCCAAAGGAGCAGAAACAAUCAGCGGCUGCAGGAAGGGGAACAGAUGCUCGGUCAGUGUGAGGCCAAAGCACAGAAGCAGCUGGACAGCAUACCGACAGGGACAAUGAAGGCACUGCAGCGGUCUGAUUCAGCUUUAGGGGACAGCAGUUCGGGGACGGAGCUGAACGACAGCCAGGGAACAGGGAAGAAACGUAGAGCAGCUGGGGAUAUUCCAAGCCCAGAAAUGCCGUGCUUGGAACGAAAGAAUAAAAGAAGGAAAAUCAAAUCCAAGAGAGAGCGUUUACAGGUCGAACAACUCCUGGCUGUGUCCCUGCGGGAAGAGGAGCUGAGUCGAUCCCUGCAGACUGUGGACAGCAGUCUGAUCCAGGCCAGGGCCGCGCUGGAGGCUGCCUACCUGGAGGUGCAGCGCCUCAUGGUGGUAAAACAGCAGGUGACUACAGAGAUGAACACACUGAGAAACAAGCGCAUUGAGUUACUCAAAGGGAUGCAAGGUGGUUGUGAAAAUAUACCUCAAGUCAAAGUGAAGGAAGAAAAGAUGGAUUCAUUUGACUUUGAGGCACACAUGGCCUCCGCACUCUCCUCUGUCACGGACACUGCUCUCCCCAGUCCCUGCUCUGCUGCCCAGUGUGCCUCUCCUCCCUCCUCGACCCUUCCCUUCAUGCCUGUAGUCAUCAAGCAGGAGCCCCUCUCUCCUGCCCGUGUCAGCACAGAGCCAGACCCUGCGGAGAACACAUUUCCUUGGGCUCACAGCACCACUCCAGAGCUGCCUGUCCCUCCUGCAGCCUCUCACUCAGCAUUUGCAGACUUUGCAGACUACAGCUGCCAGUUGUCUCCUGAAAGAAGGUCCGAGCUGUACCUAACUAACAGAGAAGCUACGCAGGAGAGCUUCGGAGUCCCUGCAGAGAGCAAAGACAGCUUAUCAGGUGUGGUGCAGAUCAUAGAAGGGACUUCCCAGUCUACCAGGGAUAGUCUUCCCCCUUUGUCUGACUCAAACACCCACAUAGCACUUUCCUCGGGCAGUCGGAGGAGCUCUGAGACAUGGAGUGUUGCUGAACCCACAGUCGGCCAGUCCGUGAAGUCCUGCACAGUCUCCCUAGUCCGUCUUUGCUUACCCGAAGCAAGGGCUGGAAAGCGUGUGAGGAGGCGAAAGAAAAGGGGUGUGUUGAGGAAGGCGCAAGGGGUGGAACAGCCUGAGAGCAGCGACUCAGAGGAGGAAGGAGAAGCCACGAGGCCAAGGUGGAUUCGAGCACGCAGGAGACCCAGCGGUGGCAGCCAUGUCAGUACCUCAACUCCUCCAGCCACCGUGGAGGAUGAGAAGUGCGACAGGUUCAUGGAGGGAGACAAGGAGGAGGUCGAGGAGGCCUCUGGGCCGCUCUCUCCAGCUGACAAACCCGAGGAGGCCCCCCUAGAAAUGGUGGAGCUUCACCUGGUGGCUCCUGAUGACCCAGUGCAUGUUAGCACGGCAGAACCAGAGGAGAGCAUGGAGGUCACCACCGCUUGCCAGCAGCCACAGUUGGACAGCCAAGGUCUGGCCCCAUCCCCAGGCCAGUCCCCGUCCCAGUCUCAGUCCCAGUCCCCAGACCAGGUCUCAGCCUCAGACUCCCUCAAACCAGAGCCGCAGACCUUGGCCUGCAACGAGGUCACCUCCACCAGUGACAUGGAUGUGUCCCCUGUUGUCACAGCUAAUGAAGGAGAUGUGCAGAUGCCCCUCGCAUCGCCCAACUUGUCGGAGACGCCAUCAGAUGCAUCUGACUCCGGUGAGGAUGAGAUGCUCGCUGAGGGGGCGUUUGAGGGCCAUGAGGAGGCGGUGAAUGCCAUGCAGAUCUACAAAGGGCUGCUGUACACUUGCUCUGGAGAUCGCACUGUCAAGGCUUUCGACCUGGUGAGCCGUAAAUGUGUGGCUGUGCUUGAUGACCACACCUCCAAGGUGAAUUGCCUGCUGGUUUUGACGCUAGUGGGCCUGCAUCACCGCCUCUACACCGGCUCCAGUGACAAGACCAUCCGCUGCUACAGCCUCAAGACGCUGGAGUUCAAGCAGCAGUUCUCUCUGUCUGACCGGGUCCUCUGCCUCCACAGCCGCUGGAAGGUUUUGUACGCCGGCCUGGCUAACGGCACAGUGGUGACCUUUGACCUCAAGAAAAACAAGCAGCUGGAUGUGUUUGAGUGCCAGGGGCGGCGGGCAGUGAGCUGCCUGGCGACAAUGCAUACGGCAGCCAGGAAGUUCCUACUGGUGGGUUCGUACGACAGCACCAUCCGAGUGAGAGACGCCAGCAGUGGGCUUCUGCUGCACACACUGGAGGGACACACCAAAACUGUGCUCUGCAUGAAGGUGGUGAACGACCUGGUAUUCAGUGGCUCCAGUGAUCAGACUGUCCUUGCACACAACGUCCAUACUGGAAAGCUGGUACAGACCUACAGGGGCCACAGCCAUGCCGUUACCGAGGUAGCCAUCCUGGGAAAGGUGAUUGUGACAGCGUGCCUGGACAAACUGGUUCACGUCUGCAAGCUACAGUCCGAUGUCCAGCUACAGGUCUAUGGCGGACACACUGACAUGGUGACGUGUAUGGCUGUCUACAGGAACAUGAUCUACACAGGCUGUUACGAUGGGAGUGUGCAGGCCGUCAAGCUGAACCUCAUGCAGAACUACCGCUGCUGGUGGCAUGGCUGCUCAUUGAUCUUCGGGGUGUUUGAGCAUUUGCAGCAGCACCUGAUCAACGACCACGCCGGCAAAAACCUCCAGACGCUCAAGUGCCACUGGAAAAACUGUGAAGAGUUUUUCUGCUCACGCAGCUCCAAGCAGGGGAUCGUGCUGCACAUGCAGAAGCAUGCCGAGGAGGAGACUGAACCCAAGUGUUGUGGGCUGGAGGAAACACUGUUUUCUCCUCAGCCAGCUUCCCCUCACUCCCCUGCUGCCCCACCUCCUUUGCCCCCCUAUUAAACCUCCCAUAUUGGGGGGGAACUUGCUUGGACCCACUUAGCAGAGCUCACAUACAGCCUGAACAAGUGGUGUCUGUCGACUCCAUUCAUUAUGUCCAGUGUUGGAAUCCAACCAUAUUGCUAGUAAUGAAAGGAAGGCUGUGCUGCUGUUUUAUUUUAUUUUUUUUAAAAUAACAUUCUACAAACACACCUUCUCUCUGUUUCUGUGACCAUGCACACUGCAGUCGCUCUUCUAACUGACCAAACAAGACAAAGUAACACAGGACUGCUCUUUUUGUUUUUCUUUUACAAGUGAAGAAACUUGAGCGUUGCCGGUAUCAGAGGGAAGGCUCUGCUUUCUGUUGGAAACCGUUUUCCACAGCGGUCGGCUACAAUAUGGCAUGGGUUAGGAGAUGUUUUUAAUUGUUGCUGUUAUGAGUGCGGUUGUGAUGUGUCACGUUGAGCAACUUAGUUUAUUUUAUUUUUUGGAGUUAAACUGCCAUUUUUCACCCAAGUUAAUGUGGGAUUCAGACGAUCGAAGCAGCCUGACGAGUGACUGAAACUGUUUGGAGAUUUCGUGGUUUCGUUUUUUCAAGUCAUAUUUCAGUUCAACAGUGUGAUAUUUGAAGUUGAACAUUCUCAAUAAUUUUUUUGUUUUGUUUUGUUUUUUAAAUGAUAAUCCGUUUUUAUUAUUUUUCAGCACACAACUGCUAACAGUUUUUUUGUUAGCAGUUGCAUUUAGUUUUUUUUUUUUUAAAUUUGGUGUUGCUCUUAAAUAUUAAGGCGUUGAGGGACUUUGGUGCAGUGUUGUGUGACUUGGUCUGAGGUUGCCAUUUGAGGAUUUACAUUUGCUGUGACAGUACCAAGACGUGGUGAUUGUAUGUGUGUGUGUGUGUGUAUUCCUAUAUGUGAACAUACGGUAUGUUUAUCCGUGUUUGUGUGAGUUUUCUUCCUCAUUGUCAACAGACGGUGAUUCAUGUAAUCCUGUUUUCCAUGAAUGUGUGUGUGUACUACUGUGUUUAUAACGAGAGGAUUUCCACGGAGACUUUGAAUAUUUUUUUUUUGAGCAUCAAGUGGAAGGCAAGGGAGCUCUUUCUUGCAGUUGAGGUUUUAUUGUUGAUGAACAGGCGUUUGUGUGGAGGUGCAGGAGGUUUAGAGGAGGUGUUUGAGGGAAGAGCUUGAAGGACAGCAUCAGGACUCAUCUCCCAUGCCAUACCUCACCCCCCCCUCUGAAAACACCCAGAAUGUGUCUUUGUAUUCUAAAAGCUGGAAAGGCCAGUCGAUGCUCUCUGCGGUGUGUUUGGUGACGCGGCAGCUCUCGGAUGUGCACGCUGCUGCGGGUUCGUUCUCGGCCCAGUUACCCGUCGUUCUCACGGCCACCGUCUACCAAACUCCGGACGCGCCUCAUUUGCCCGUUGUCUAAGACUGAGGAAAGCAUGCAGCACACCUCUUACCUGGCAUUCCUGAGUUUCUUCAUUCUUUUUUUUUUGUUUUGUUUUUUUUUUGAAUUAUUAUCAAAGUUGUGAACUUGUAACGGAUAUUUUUUAUGAAAAUACAAUCAAAAAAAGUGUUAAAUUAAUAAAAAUGU